AUGGCGAAUCAUUUUGACAAGCAAAUGUCGGAGGGCCGGAAGGCAGACCGGAGGAAGCUGGUGUUGCUAGGCACCUCUGCCUGUUUUCUUCUCCUACUCGUGGUGGGCGCGGUCGUCGGCAGCGCCUACCAGGAUGACCACGGCGGUGACGGCGACGGCUCCAACCUGAGUACCCAUGCGAUGCGCGCGUCGUCCAAGUCGGUGACGGCGCUAUGCUCCUCCACGGACUACCCGCAGACGUGCGAGACGAGCCUGUCGAAGGCGGUGCCGUCGGACACGGAAGACCCGAAGGUGCUGCUGAAGGCGGCGGUGUCGGUGGUGCUCGACGGGGUGAGCAGGGGGUUCGAGCAUUCGAGGCUGCUCCAGAGCAACGACAGCCGCGUGCGCGGCGCCGUGCAGGACUGCCAGGAGAUGUACGAGGACGCCAAGGGCAACAUCAACGCCACGCUCCGGAGCAUCAUCGACCACGGCGUCGACAAGCUGCCGGCCCGCUCCCACGACAUGCGCACCUGGCUCAGCGCCGUCGUCACCUACCAGCAGACCUGCAUCGACGGCUUCCCCGAGGGGGAGCUCAAGGAAAAGAUGAAAGACGCGAUGAAGAGCGCCAGGGAACUCACCAGCAAUGCCCUCGCCAUCAUCGGCCAGGCCUCCAGCUUCCUCUCCCUCAUCAACCUCCCGUCCCGCCGCCGCCGCCUCCUCCUCGCCGACCACCACAAUCGACGACCCCUGGCCACCAACAAUGGCUAUCCUUCCUGGUUUAGCAAAGACGACCGUCGGAUGCUCAAGGAGCGCAUAAACCUCAAGCCCACGCCGAACGUCACGGUGGCCAAGGACGGCAGCGGUGACUUCACCAACAUCUCCGAGGCCCUCGCUAAGAUGCCGGCGAAAUACCAGGGAAGGUAUGUGAUCUACAUUAAAGCUGGAGUGUACGAAGAACAAGUGAUUGUGACGAAGAAGAUGGUGGAUGUCACUAUGUACGGCGACGGAUCGAAGAAGACGAUCGUCACCGGCAGCAAGAACUUUAUCGACGGCACAAGGACUUUUCUGACCCCUACAUUCUUGGCGGCCGGCGAUAGAUUCAUGGCGAUGGACAUGUCGUUCCGCAACACGGCGGGGCCGGAGAAGCACCAGGCUGUUGCGCUGCGUGUGGCGUCGGACAUGUCCGUGUUCCUCAACUGCCGGAUGGAGGGGUACCAGGACACUCUGUACGCGCACGCGCACCGCCAGUUCUACCGUGGCUGCGUCAUCUCCGGCACCAUCGACUUCAUCUUCGGCGACGCCGCUGCCGUGUUCCAGAACUGCCUCCUCGUCGUCCGCCGCCCGCUGCCCAACCAGCAGAACAUCGUGACGGCGCAGGGCCGCGCCGACCGCCGCGAGACCACCGGCUUCGUCCUCCAGCGCUGCCGCUUCCGCGCCGACAACGGCCUCGCCGACGCGUCCCAGCCGGCAAUCCGUAGUUACCUCGGCCGACCGUGGAAGGAGUUCUCGAGGACGGUGAUCAUGGAGUCGCAGAUCGACGGCUUCGUCAACAAGGACGGGUACAUGCCGUGGGAGGGCAACUUCGGGCUGAGCACGCUCUACUACGCCGAGUACAACAACAAGGGGCCGGGCGCCGCCACCGCCGACCGCGUGAAGUGGCCGGGCGUCCACGUCAUCAACAGGGAGGAAGCAGUCAGGUACACCGUGGAGAGCUUCUUGGAAGGGUCGAACUGGAUCCCGGCGACCGGAGCUCCAGUUCGCUUGGGAUUGAACUCUUAA